AUGUUGGACGAAAUCUCAAAAUGGCUGCCGGGCUCGACACAGCAACAAGUCAUGUCAGCGCCAAUUACAUGUCCGGGCUAUCUGACCAGCAACAUCACGCACACCACAACCGGCAUCAUCGCCAGCUUGCACCUCGCCGGUCCGGAGUGCAACUCUUACGGGAAAGACCUUCACAACUUGACCCUGGAAGUGCAGUGUCAGAGUGAAAACCGCAUGCACAUACACAUCUACGAUCCUGAGCUUCAGAUCUACCAGAUUCCAGAGUCGGUUUUGCCACGACCAGGAGGCUCUACACCUUGUGCAGAAUCAGAUCUCGACAUCACUGUAGUAGAUAGUCCCUUCUCUUUCGCCGUCAGUCGCAAAAGCAACCAAGAUGUUCUCUUCAACACAUCAAACACGCCCCUCAUCUUCCAAGACCAGUACUGGCAACUCACCACCUCCCUCCCGCAUGAUCCCAAUCUCUAUGGUCUGGGAGAGCAUACAGAUCCGCUACGUCUCAACACUACGGACUAUCUGAGGACGUUUUGGAAUCGAGACGCCAACGAUGUACCAGAGGGCUCAAACCUGUACGGAUCACAUCCAGUGUACUUUGAGAAUCGCAUAAUCGAUGGCGUCGCCAACUCACAUGGCGUAGCAUUGCUGAACAGCAACGGYAUGGACAUUCGCAUCGAUCGAUCUGAUUCACAUGACCAAUAUCUUGAGUACAAUAUUCUUGGAGGCAUCAUAGAUCUUUACAUAUUUUCAGGGCCGAGUCCAUUCGAUGUCGCCAAGCAGUACACCGCACUUUCUGGGACACCACCUAUCAUGCCAUUCUUCGGUCUGGGAUCUCACCAGUGCAGACACGGGUACAAGAAUGUGGAAGAGCUCGGAGCGGUCGUCUCGAACUACUCCAAAGCCGGUAUCCCAUUGGAGACGAUGUGGGCAGAUAUCGUAGAUCCCAUCAACUUUCCUCUUGCGAAAAUGCGGAGGUUGGUUGAUAAGCUUCAUCGAGAUCAACAACAUUUCAUCGUCAUGGUUGAUCCAGCCGUUGCAUACCAAGACUAUCCUUCCUUCAACCGCGGAAAAGAAGCUGGUAUCUUCCUUCAAAAUUCCAGUAAUCAAAUCUACCAAGGCGUUGUCUGGCCAGGCGUUACAGCUUAUCCUGACUGGUUCAGUCAGAAUAUACAGGAGUAUUGGAGCAGCGAAUUUGCCAGCUUCUUCGAUCCUGAAAGUGGGCUGGAUAUCGAUGCGUUAUGGAUUGACAUGAACGAGCCCGCCAACUUUUGCCGCUACCCCUGUAUCAACCCAAAGAUGGAGGCGCUCAACUGGAACAACAACACGAUGCCACUACCGCAAAGUCCUAAAUUAGAACGCCAUAGUUCCUUCUCUGGUGACAGGCUUGGCCUCCCCGGUCGAGAUCUCGACAAUCCGCCCUACAAGAUCCACAUUUCCGAAGGGAUCAUCUCUGACCGUACCGCAAAUACGACCCUCAGACACGAGAACGGCAUGGCGAUGUAUGAUACCCACAACAUCUAUGGACACAUGAUGAGCAUUGCUAGCCAUACAGCAAUGCUCGCUCGCCGGCCAUUGAAGCGUGCUAUGGUCAUUACCAGGAGCACGUUCAUCGGCACUGGCUCUCAAGUCGCGCACUGGCUUGGAGAUAAUGUUUCAACUUGGCAUCACUAUCGACAGUCGAUUCGCCAUCUCCUCCAAUUUACAAGCAUCUUCCAAAUCCCCAUGGCCGGUGCCGAUAUUUGUGGUUUUGGUGGCAGUACUACAGAAGAGCUCUGUGCUCGAUGGUAUCGUCUCGGGGCCUGGUAUCCAUUCAUGCGUAAUCACUACACCAAGAACUCGAUCCCACAAGAGCCCUAUCGCUGGCCCAUCGUCGCAGAGUCUGCACGCAAGGCAAUCGACCUCCGCUAUCGUUURCUUGACUACCUAUACUCUCACCUUCAGCUUCAAUCUGUCGACGGCACCCCAGCUCUGGUACCGCUAUGGAUGCAUUAUCCUUGCGAUGCAAAGGCCGCUGCGAUUGAUGAUCAAUUCUUCUUUGGACCCGCUUUACUCAUCAGUCCAGUGCUAGAACAAGGAUCCACAAGUGUCAAGAUCUACCUUCCCGAAGACUUGUUCUACGAUUUUGAAACUCACAAGCCAAUCUUUGGGAAAGCAGAGUGGAUCACUUUGCAAGACGUUGGAGUUACUGAGAUACCAGUCCAUAUUCGUGGAGGACAUAUCAUUCCCAUGCGUGUCAGCAGUGCCAACACAACGACCGAACUUCGGAAGGGAAACUUCGAGCUGUUGAUUGCGCCAGACAUGGACGGUCGUGCGGAAGGGUAUCUCUAUCUCGAUGACGGGGAGAGCUUGGAACAAGACGGGACGUCAGAGAUUCAUUUCACGUAUGCUAAUGGGAAGCUCGGCAUGGUCGGGACUUUUGACUAUAUYCCUGGGAGAGAACUGAUGGUGGAGAAGGCGAUAAUUCUCGGGAUUGAGGAGAGCCAGGAGGAGAUGCUUGGAUGGCCAUUGGUCAAAGCAUCGGGCGUGGAGUUGCAAACUAGGUAG